AUGUCGUCCGCUAUUCUUUUUCCUUCUGCGGGGUGCGGGAAGAGGCUGCUUUACGCCUUUGGCCUUUGCUCUGCGUGCAACGGCAGGUGUACCUCAUACCGCUCCAGGCACCACAAAGCAAAGGCAGCAGAAGAAGGAAAACCCCGAGAAGAAGAGAGAUCUUUCAGCGUUGCCGACGACGACGACACUUUUCUGGGGAUGAGCCGCAGCGUCACGGAUGUGGAGGAGCAGCUGCGUGCGUGGCAGCAAACGCACGAAAAAAAGACUGCGGUGAGUUGUAUGGAGUGGCGGAACCUGGAGGCAAACCUGCUGCUUCUUUUCCCCGUGGUGGGUGUGACGCUCGUCACCUGCUUCGUCUUCACGCUGGUUCCCUUUAUUGGCCGCAGACACGCAGCCAAAGAAGGCCUCGGACUGGCCCGCCGGUACGCCGCCAACCUUCGCCGUUCACGCGCGCUAGUGUUUGCGUCGAGGUUCAAUCCGCCACUCUUCUCGGCAUUUCUCACCGUGUGGCUCCUGCUUUGCGCGGCAAACGCCGUGUUUCAGCUCAUGCGGUUGGCCGCUGACGACCCCACGUGGGCGGAGCGGGUGUUGACUACAUCCGAUGGCUUCCUAACCCCCGCGGUGCUCCUCUACGUCGCCCAGUACUGGGGUAUUUCCUCCCUGCUCAUCCACGUCCUCUUCACGCCGCGUCGCUACGUGAUCGGGAGUGCGGUCUCGGUACCGCCCUUUCUCGUGAGUUUUUACCAGACAUUGCGCGUAACGGGCGAGGAGGUGGAUGCCUGGCCCGGCACCGUCGUCAAGGCGACGCUUGCGGUUUCCAUUCUAACGAUGGUGGCGUUCACUGUACCGUGGCUGCAUAACGAAUACCGCAUCGCCAUGCAGGGUAUCGACGCGCAAACCUCGCUUGCGUUGGGGUUCCGCGGCCAAGCGGAGGAGAAAUCCAAAGUGAAGAAGCGCUCCUAA